AUGCUCCCAGCCCAAGUGGAUCUGCACCUCCAACUCUGCAAAAGGUUUUUCUUGGCCCGGAACCGGCUCGGCCAGGAGUGGGCUUUCCAGGGCGCUGGGCCCCGUUUCAAGUCCAAAACCUCCCAGCCGGCUGAGCCCCACGGAGAGCGCUCCGUGGGGCUGAACGGAGAAACACCGGAGCCUGGAAGCGAGCGAGCAAACCGGGGUUGGGGUGGUGGUGGCGGCGGGGAGCUGGACUUGCCGAGCCUCCCGGGUCGUGGAGCUCUUCCGGAGGAGGAAGGGCGAAGCGUCCUGCCUGGUGUAGCAUUUGGGGGCGAGAGGAGGAAGAAGGCGGAGAGCGUCCCCGAGGCUUCCUUUGGCAAAUGGGGUUGCUAUCCAACCUUCGGCCGCCCAGAAGUCCCGCAACCUGCGGCCAAGAGGCGAGGCCGGGGCCCGCCUCCUCCUGCCGUCCCUUCGGGUCUCGCUUUGCCAAAGGCCCCGCUUCCGCCGGUUAAUCAGCCCGAAACCAGGCCUGCCAGACCAGCCCGCUCUUCCGGCCGCCGCCGCCGCCGCGGCUCGGAGGUCUACAGAGGCGGUCGGGCUCCCGGUCGGCGAAGGGACUCGCUCCGGGCAAUCGCAUUCUGCCCGCGUCGGGAAGGCGGCCAGCGCGGGGAAGAGCGCGAGGCGGAUCUGAGACCAGUGGAAACUGCUCCCACCCACCAGCAGCGAGUCCUCGGGUCUCUUUCCGCAGAGCCGUCGCUUUGUGCCGAGGCUUCGGUUCCGGAGAAGGAGGACCUUGACGCCCCGGGCGGGAAGAAAGGCCAGGGGAGCAGGAGCGCCCCGCCUCCCUUUCCCGGACCUCCUGCGCCUGUGCCUUCCAGAUGUGCGGGCAAAACAUCACUUUCAGGCCCGAGAAGCAGAAGGCGGCGCAAGGUCUGCCUCCGGUCUCAGCCCGGGGCCAGAGAACGCGCGGCGGGUCGCUCCAGGGCACGGAGGGGCAAGCAGGAAAGCUCCCUGGCCUCUGAGGCUGAGGACGAGGAGGGGGGAAGGCCCCGUGGAAGUCAUUACUCUCCCCGCGCAGCCAGAGGCAGGCCCGGCGUGAAAGGGUCUCCUGCCGACCCAGACAUCCAGUUCCACUGGUAUUCCAACGCGGGCCCUUCGGAGCGCUUGUGA